AUGUCUUCGUCGUCCGAGAGCGACUGGAAAAGACUAAUCCGCUUUGUGGCAGUCGAAGAUGGUAAAGAGCAUUUUGGACAGCCAGUGGAUGAUAAGGCGGACAUUGGUCUGCUCGCUAGCAAAGGCAAUAAGAUCCAGGCAUACGAAAUCGUGGGAGACAAUGUUCCUUUCAACGGUUGGGUGGACAUUGACACGGUCUACACAGUUAAGAAGCUGUCGGCACCCAUCCGAAGAGACCAAGCCGGGGGAAGUAUUCGUUUGCUAGGUGCCAACUUCAAAAGACAUAUCGAGGAGGCUGGUAUUGCCAAACCGAAGGAACCUGUUCUGAUGAUCGUACCACGAACAGCGCUGGCCGGUCCUGGCGAUAUUCCUAUUCCUCCCUUCGUCCAUAAAGGCAAGGACCAACUGGAUUACGAAAGUGAACUGGCUGUUAUCAUCGGAAAGGAUGCUAGAGACGUUCCCCGGGAGAAGGCCUUCGACUAUGUACUAGGCGAUUGGAUCUUCAACGUCCAGGAUGCGAUCUCAUUCCUCUCAAACGGUACCACCUUGGAAGCAGGUACUGUCAUCCAGAUGGGUACUCCUAGCGGUGUUGGUUGGUUCAAAGAUCCUAAAGGCCUGAUCAAGGACGGAGACACUUUUUCUGCUCUCGAGAAGGGGGCCGUCGAGUUCACUUGGCCUAACUCUGGACUUGCGGCUAGCUAG